AUGACCAUCGGAAGAAAGCCACGCGUUGUUUCCCUCGGGGAGCCUGCAUUUGUGGGCAGCGAAUACCUUGCUCAAUUUGAAACGGAGUUUGACUACUCUGUCCUGUCUGCAACAAACCGCGAGGAAACUCAGACCUUGCUACCAAAAGACAUUGAGAAAAAGGGCCCAAUAGACGCAUUCAUCGUUCGUAUGGGUACGCCGCCCUACGAACCAUUCGACGAGGAUUUACUUAAAGCGCUAGCACCGGGGUGCAAGAUUAUCACUUCUGCUAGUGCGGGAUUCAAUGAGUUCGACGUGGACUGGAUGGCCAGUCAACAAAUUGUGUUUUGCAACACUGUGAAUGCUGUCGCUGAAGCUACAGCAGACAUGACUGUGUUUCUGAUACUUGCUGUUCUGAGGAACACCACAAACGCCGAGAAGAGUGCACGGAGCGGUAUGUGGAGGAGGGGCGCGAACCUGGUUCCUACUUGUGAUCCGUCGGGAUUGACUCUUGGUAUUGUUGGUAUGGGUGCUAUUGGAAAGUACCUCGCUAAGAAAGCCGCUGCCUUCAACAUGAAGAUUAAGUAUUACAAUCGAAAUCAACUACCGUCCUCUGAAGAAACUGCCUAUGGUGCAACAUAUUGCCAGUCUCUACACGACCUUCUUCGUGAAGCAGAUGUCGUCUCCCUGAAUUGCCCUCUAAAUGCAGCAACCACCAACCUAAUCAGCAAAGCCGAAUUUUCUGCUAUGAAGGACGGUGUAUUCCUCGUUAACACGGCUAGAGGAGCAGUCAUCGACGAGGAGGCUCUUAUUGAGGCACUUGAGUCAGGUAAGGUACAGCGUGCCGGACUUGAUGUGUUUGUGAACGAACCAAGCCCGAAUCCCUACUUUUUACAGAGUGAUAAAGUCGUUUUGCAGCCACAUUUGGGUGGUCUGACAGAGAAGGCAUUCCAGAAAGCCGAGAGAGAAUGCUUUGAAAAUAUCCGCGCUUUCUUUACGACCGGAAAGGCAAACUCGCCCGUCAUAGAUAUCAAGACAAGAACUCCCUGA